CACGAUCGUCAUUGAGCUUCAACGUUGCCUUCUCAUGGACCCUUUUAACUAUCUAUCACAGCUAUCUCAUUCGUUGAACGAUCAUAGAUCCAGAUGUGCCACUCGUCAAGCAUUGAAUGAUCUCGGCGUCAGCACCAAUUUAGUCCUGACUAAAUUAGCCGAGUCUGUUCUGCUCGCGGUCUAUAAAUAUGACGAUGGAUUUCCCCGUGAGAAUCCUCAACACCGAAAUUGAUCAUCAUUCCUGAGUUCUGUCUUAGGACAAGCUCACGAUGCAUUUACUCAUCCUUCUCGCCCUCCCCGUUAUACUCUACCUCACGAAAAGUAUCCUCCAACUGCUCUACACAACAUGGAAAAGCCCCUCUCUGCUGUCCAUCCCCGGCCCAUUCCUCGCCCGCUUCACCCGGCUAUGGUACUUCACCCGCGUCUGGAAAGGCCACUUUGAGGCCGACAACCUGGAGCUGCAUGCGCGCUACGGACCAGUCGUCCGGAUCGCGCCCGGUCAGUACAGCAUCAGUGACCGGGCAGCCGUGAAGACAGUGUACGGCACGGGGAGCCGGUUCCCCAAGUCAGCGUGGUACGAGGGCUGGAAGCAUCCGUCUCCCGAUCGGUGGACGUUGUUCCCAGACCGCAACAUCAAAAGACACGCCGAAACCCGCAAGCGAUUCUCCAGCCUCUACUCGAUGAGCUCGCUCCUCCACUACGAGGAAUUCGUCGACCAAUGCGCCGACAUCUUCCGCCAACGGCUCACGGAGUUCGCGCAGAGCGGCCAGACCUUCGACCUCCACCACUGGCUCCAAUGCUACGCCUUCGACGUGAUCGGGGAUAUCACGUUCGGCCAGCGCUUCGGCUUCCUGGAUCGCGGCGACGACAUCGAAGGCGCAAUGGCGGCUUUGCAAAAAGUCAUGGCCUACGGCACGCUGGUAGGGAUCUACCCGGAAUGGCACCCACGGCUCUACGAGCCACUCAGCCGGUUCACCUCCUCGGGUCCCGCGGGCCGAUCCUUCGUCAUGCGGUUCGUGGCCGAGAAGAUCCGGCAGCUGAACGAGACGCGCAAGACGCAGCCGCAGCCGCAAGACAACCCGACGACACCACUCAAGACGCAAGACUUCAUGGAGAAGAUGGCGCUGGCGCGCGACAAAGACCCAGAGAAAGUGACAGACUACCACCUGUUCAUGAUGGGCAACUCGAACGUGAUCGCAGGCUCGGACACGACAGCGAUCAGCCUGUCAGCGAUCCUGUACCACCUCCUGCGCAACCCGGCGACAUGGGCGCGGCUGCGACACGAGGUCGACGACUUCACCGCGCAGCAGCAGCAGCAGCAACCGCAAAUAACCUUUAAGGAGAGCCAGGCGAUGCCAUACCUGCAGGCGGUGAUGAAGGAGGCGAUCCGCAUGCACGCGGCGACGGGGCUGCCGCUGUGGCGCGAGGUGCCGGCGGGCGGGGCGACGAUCAGCGGGUAUUUCUUCCCGGAGGGCUCGGUGGUGGGCGUCAACAUCUGGGUCGCGCAUUACGACGAGGGGGUGUUCCCUGACGCGCAGCGCUUCCGGCCGGAGCGGUGGCUGGAGGCCGAGAGCGGGGAUCCGGCGCGGUUGCAGACGAUGAACGAGAUGUAUAUGCCUUUCGGGUUGGGCUCGCGCACGUGCCUGGGCAAACACAUCUCCAUCCUGGAGAUGUCCAAGCUGAUUCCGCAGAUCGUCCGGGACUUCGACUUCCAGCUGGAGAAGCGCACUUGGGAGACGGAUAAUAAGUGGUUCGUGAAGCCGCUGGACUUUUAUGUGAAGGUUUCCAUGCGCCAGCGGGAGUCUGUCAGAUAGUGCUAUAAUACGCAGGUAGCAUCAGCCAUAAACAUGGCUCAUAGCGGUAGUAGUACAAUUGACCGGGGACCCUAUCCAGACCAUGGAAUCCAAU